UUGGCUUAUUCAAGCCAAACGUUAUUGAAUACAGCAUUGAAAUCCUAAAUUUGUUCCAACUCCCGUGGGCUAGUGUCACAUAAACCCAAGCUAAGCGGCAUUGGGCAUGGGAAGACAUUCGGUGCGUCUGCCAAGCGUGAGUGGUAACAGCUCUUUUGCAUAUUCCAUAAACGCAGGUGGAACUCUUCGGAAAAGAUUCACCGGAGUACUUAGCUUUGGCCACGUCAUGUCCGAGAAUAUGACGCUCGAACAAGUCUCCACCGCCAAGUGCUUUGAGGGCGAGCAGCGUGUGUACCGUCACCGCUCCGGCACUCUGGAUUGCGACAUGACCUUUGGCGUCUUCCUGCCGCCGGCCGCUCUCGAAAAUAAACCAUGCCCGGUGCUCUUCUUUCUCAGCGGACUUACCUGCAACCACGAGAACUUCAUCCAAAAGAGCGGCUUCCAGCAGCAUGCCGCCCGCUACAACCUGAUCGUAGUGAAUCCGGAUACAUCGCCCAGGGGUGUGGAAAUCGCCGGCCAAGAUGAUGCCUACGAUUUUGGCAGCGGGGCUGGUUUUUAUGUGGAUGCCAAGCAGGAGCCGUGGUCCAAGCACUAUAAGAUGUACAGCUACGUGACUCAGGAGCUGGUGGAUGUGAUCAAUGCCAACCUGCCCGUCGUUCCCGGCAGGCGGGGAAUCUUCGGCCACAGCAUGGGUGGCCAUGGAGCUUUGAUCUGUUCCCUCAAGAACCCAGGAUUGUACCAGUCGGUAUCAGCCUUCGCACCGAUAGCCAAUCCCACGGAAUGCCCGUGGGGCCAAAAAGCUUUUGCCGGCUACUUGGGACCCAAUUCGGCUGACUGGGCCCAGUGGGAUGCCACGCACCUGGUUUCCCAGUACGAGAGCACCCCGCAGGAACUUUUUAUUGACCAAGGUGGAGCAGACAACUUCCUCGCUGGCAAGCAACUUCUGCCGGAGAACCUCCUGGCCGCCGCUGCCGGUAACGAUCACAUUCAGACCAUCUUCAAGCAACGCGAGGGGUACGACCACGGCUACUUCUACAUCGCCACCUUUAUCGCUGAGCAUGUUGCCUACCAUGCCGCCCUACUCAACGCCCCCGUUUGAUGGUCUUCUUCGAUAUUGGAUUCCCUGUUUCCUUCUACGUUUCCAUCGGAUUGUAUUCUGAUAAAAUCGUUAUAAUUCGGAAAUAAAUCAAAGGUAUAUAUAUAUAUA